GUCCACGGGAGGAGGAGGAGGAGUAAUCGGACACCGACCCCCAGAGCUGCUGCUGGCUGCUCAGAGUGAAGCGGAGCCCGGCGGCGGCGGCGGGUCGGUCAUUCUGUCAACCCCGCGGACAGCGAGCGGAGGAGCGGCGGAGCAGAGUGGGAGUCUCCGGUCUCCCUGCGGAACUUUCCCCGGCUUCAGCGCUCUCCCAUCGGCGGCUGCCGCUCCGCAGCGCUGCCUGGACGAAUAACGGAGUUGUAUGAAAGUGGGAGAAGUUGCGUUUCCGGCAGCCUGACAGCCCCCACGAUGAAGAAGAACAGCUCCGGGAAACGGGGUCCGGCGGACCCCGGCCAGCAGAACCCAGCGCCGGACAAAACGGGCUGGAUCAGGAAGUUCUGUGGGAAGGGGAUCUUCAGGGAGAUCUGGAAGAACCGCUUCGUGGUUCUGAAAGGAGACCAGCUGUUCAUCUGUGAGAAGGAGGUGAAGGAACUGGGUCGGGCCGACGAAGUUCUGGACCUGUCCGACUACGAACGCUGCGAAGAGAUCAGGAAGAACAAGAGCCGCAGCAAGAAGAACCACAGCAAGUUCAGACUGCAGCGCUGCAGCUCACCAGGGAACACGGUGCCCAACCAGGUGUUCCUGGCUGUCAGCCCGGAGGAGAAGGACUCCUGGAUCAACAUCCUGAACACGGCCAUCACCAGAGCCAAGAACCGGAUCCUGGAUGAGGUGAUGGUGGACGACUCCCAGCUGUCUCACCUGACCAGAGACAGAGUGAAGAUCCCUCACAACCGCCGGCUGCCCACCAGAGGCCACCUGCUGGCCGUAGCGUCCACCUCGUCCUCAGACGGGAUGCUGACCCUUGACCUCAUCCAGGAGGAGGACUCGGCGUCUCAUAAAGGCGUCGCCUCAGAACCGCCGGCCCGACCGGGUCCGGACUGUCCCAGGUCCCAGACGGACGGGUCGCUAGCGGACCGAAGCGCUGAGUCGUCCUCCAAGUCCCAGAGCCUUCCCUACGACACGGCCGUGUGGCAGAAGACGGGUCCGGCCCAGACCCCCCAGCCGGACCGGCGGCUUGGUGCUGUGGAGAAGAACCGCUGCGCCUCCAUGGACGAGAUCCUGAACCCGGACGCCAAGAACCAAACUCCGUCCGGAACCGGCAGAACCGCGGCACCGCUCGGCCGGCUACAGGAGCUCAUCGACCAGAAGCUGGAGCGGACGGAGCGGCUGCUGCUGGAGGUCCAGGCCGACGCCGAGCCGGGCGGAGCCAAGGGCGGGAAGCCGGCGCCGGACGGACCGCGGGCCGAGGCAGAGCGGCUCUUGAAGGAGGCGGCAGCCACCUGGACCCAGGCCCGGCAGGUUCUGGACGAGGUCCAGGAGCUGAAGGCGUUGUACCGCCAGCUGGAGCCCGGCUGCCUCAACAGCACCAAACCCAACCGUAAGAGCCUCAUGUGAACCGGCCAGACCAGAACCACAGUCCGGUCUGGACUCUGCUGGGUCCUAAAGACUUCCCAGGGGUUCCGAAGAGCAGAACCUCAUCAAUCCUGUCAGAAGUUCCUGUUCUGUUGGACCUGGCUGGGUCCCUGAAGCUCCGCCCACAAACACCUGAACAUCAGGUGUUCUCUCAGGUUCCUGUGCCUUCAGGAAGAACUUUGACCUGAGGUUCUGGUUGGACCGACUCCUGGGUGUGGACCCGUCUAAAGUACUGCUGUAAUAUAUGGAAAUGCUGCUUUUUACUGGGUUUUGAGCCGGUUCAGAAUCUCAAACCAGGAUCAGAACCAACAGACGGAUUUUGAGAGUUCUGGGAGGUUCUGAAGGAAACCAGCUGAUUUUUUUCUGCAGGGAAAAAAAAAGUUUCAGACGUUUUUAUUACAAAGUUGAUCAAAGUCAAUGUCUACGCAGAUGAUGUGGUUCUGUUGGCCAACAGUCCGAUUGGUGUAAGGCCCGGUUCCGGAGGAGUAGGUUCUGGUAGAGGAUGAAAUGAUCUGGAUCCACGGCCAGAUCGCAUCUCAGGUUCCAGUCCUGAGAUGCGGACCAGAACCAACAGAACCUGGUUCUGGACGGAGGCAGAUAGAAGUGGGUCAGGGGUUCUGCCUCAGUCAGGACUGGAUCAGGAGAAUCCUUCUCAUUACUGUGAAAAUCAUUCAGGUAUGGUGAUAGCAUUAGCAUUAGCAUUUCCCAUCAGCCACUUGAAUUUCAGGAUGAUGGCCGUUUUUCAAGAUGGCUGCUGCUUUUUACACCCUUUAAAUCAGUUAUUGCCAUGAAACUUUUCCCAUUUUCAUGACUUGGAUGAAUUUUUUGUGACAUCAUGUUUCGGUCGUCCGGUUCAUGAAACGUUAAAGUGAUAAGUUGCUGCCGUCAGAGCGCGGGGGACGUAAAACACGGGAAAUUUACAGGACAAUACGGGAGAACGGCGGCGGGAAAGAGGAGAAAAAUACAGCAGUUUCAAAACGGGAGACUGAAGAAGACUAGAGACAGUCAACUUAACGUUAGUGUUUUUUUUGUUUAGCAGUUUAGCGUUAGCUUAUAUUUAUGUUUUUAAUGCAUUUAGCAUUUGCUAGCAUAGCAUUUAGCAGUUGAGCAAUAGAAUCUGCUAAUUUUUUUAAUUCACCUAGUGCUUUAGCAAUAGUGUAUCUAAGAUUCUUGUUUAGCAAAUUAUUAGUUAUUGAAGCUAACAUUUCAGUUAGCCCACUGCUGGCAAUAACUGAUUUUAUUGCAACCAUGUACUGUCCAACAACCAUGACGGCCAUUUUGAAAUACAAGAUGAAGAAAAUAUGAUGCUAAUGUCUCAAAAUACGUAAGCUAUUUGACAGCAAAUACAUUCAUCUAAUUGGUGAUUUUAGUACAAAAAGACACAAUGGCGGUCAUCUUGAAAAAUCUAUUUUAAAAAAAUUAUUAUCAGUAAAUAUGGGUUCAUUUAUACAUGAUCUGACACCAAAGUAUGCAUCAGUAAUAAAUAUUUUCAGCUUUAGUGAAAAUUUUUUUAUUGACAACAGUGGUGGCCAUCUUGAAAGAUGGCAGCCAUCUUGAAUUUUUCAGCGGCAUUUUUUGUUAUUUUGUUUUUUUCGAAGAAGCAAGCCCAGGUAACAUCUGUGCCAAGUUAGAUUGUAGCAUCCGCAUGUUACCUGUUACUCUGUGGCGUUUUCACUGGGCGGAGAACCCGGCCGUCCAGAACCGCCCAAAGGUUCUGUUGGAUCCACAGAAGGAACAGAAGGUCCAUUUGAGUUUUAGCUAGUUUGGCUUUCUGUAGAACAGAACUGACCUGUUCACACCUGCAGGUUUUCUAGAAGGUUCUGCUGAGAACAGCUGGUUCUGACUCUCCCGAGCCGUUCAGAACCAGAACCUGCUGCUUCUCAGGUAGAUUUAAACGGACCGGCCGGACCGCCAGGCUGAAUGUGCUAACAGUUCUUUGGUUCUUUGUUCCAUGGAGAUCGGGUUCGAUCCAGAGUGUUGAAUCGGAUCUCCCAUGUGGCGUUUCUUCCUCGGACUGAUAGUUUCUAUGGAGCAGUCGGUACCGGCGGAUCAAUUCCAUGGUUCUAACAGAACCGCUGACUCCAGCUGAUGGCCUGGAGUCCAUCCAGCCCACCAGCCUUCUCCUGGACUGCCUUCAGGACUGUUCCUUAGGCAGGAUACUCGCCUCUUCCUCCUGUCCGGUUCAGUUUCUUUGACUCAAACUGCUCUGACAGACAGAAACCAGAACACCACCAUUGGUUCUGGUUCUGUUUGGACCAGCUGGUUCUGCUCCGUAUCGGUAUGAUGUUGGACUGAGCUCUCGUGGAUUUUUCUCUGGAUAGAAACUUUUUCACAGCCGGAAACUCAGGGGAACCGGAGACUGGAUCGACCAGAACCGAAUCAUCUCAGACCCAAACUGAUUCUGGAUCAGACUGGAAUCAAACCGGGUCAGACUAGAACCAGAAUACAACCAGACUGAAACCCAACUGCAGCAUGCCUGGUUUAGGCUGCAACUGGACCGGAACCAGAACGGAGACCAACUGGUCCUGUAGUGACUCCAUCGGGUCAAAGUUCCUUUCACCGUUUUCCUGCCUCCAUCGCUCAUUUUCUAAAUGUAUUCCUGUGGCCUUAAACCCUGCAGGGGAUCAUGGGAGAUGUAGUUCAGUUGAGAUGUGAGCCAUCUGAGAGUUCUGACCUGUUAAUGUGCUAAAAUAAAAUCUAUAAAGUGAA